AUGGAUACCACUGUAAAGUGGGCAGUUUGUUCGUCGUAGACUUUGACAUUUAUGUUAUGUGUAGUGACCUAGCAAGCAAUAUGUUUGCGACAAUGUGUUUACAGCCUUACGAAGAAACAUGGCGUUGAGUAGCUAGCUAGCUACAAUGAAAAGAAUGAAGAUUUGAUCCCAGUCUGUGGAUAAAUCAUUAAUACGAUACGGUCAUGGCUGGGCUGAUCAAGAAACAAAUCCUCAAACAUCUUUCCAGGUUUGCUAAGAACCUGUCCCCAGAUAAGAUCAAUCUGAGCACACUGAAGGGGGAGGGCCAGCUGACCAACCUGGAGCUAGAUGAGGAGGUACUGCAGAACAUGCUGGAUCUGCCCACCUGGCUGGCCAUCAACAAAGUCUGCUGCAACAAGGCUUCUAUCCGGAUCCCAUGGACCAAGCUCAAAACACACCCUAUUACCCUGUCAUUGGACAAAGUGGUGAUGGAAAUGAGCACCUGUGAUGAGCCACGCCCACCAAAUGGCCCUUCUCCUAUAGCAACAGCGUCAGGUCAAAGUGAGUAUGGUUUUGCGGAGAAGGUUGUAGAGGGGAUCUCUUUGUCCAUCAACUCCAUCGUGAUCAGGAUCAGCGCCAAGGCUUUCAAUGCUUCCUUUGAGCUCUCUCAGCUCCAGGUGUACAGCGUCAACACCAGCUGGGUGGUCAGCGACCUGCGCUACACACGCAUCCAGGACCCCACGUUUGGAGAGAUCCUGACCUUUAAGGAGGUGAGUUGGCAGAUGAUCCGGAUCGAGGCGGACGCCAUCCAGAGCUCCGAGCAUGAGGUGGUCAGCGCCCCCAUACGCCUCAUCACCAACCAGUCUAGAAUCAGAGUCACGCUCAAGAGGAGGACAAAGGACUGUAAUGUGGUGGCGUCUAAGCUGGUCCUGAUUCUCGAUGACCUGUUGUGGGUGCUGACCGACUCUCAGCUUAAAGCCAUGGUGCAGUAUGCCAAGUCCCUCAGUGAGGCCAUGGAGAAGUCAGCAAUGCAGAGGAAGAGCAUGGCGCCCGAUUCCUCACAGAUAGCUACGGCAUCCCCCUCUGUGCAGCAGGUCCACACGCAGCAGGCCUUAGGGGUGACAGACCCCAGCGCCUCUAUGGCCUGCCUCUUUAACACCUAUAACGUGUGUGAGACCUCACACCAUCUGCAGAUCACACAUCUUGAUCUUCACAUCUGCGACGACAUCCAUUCCAAGGACAGAGGGAUCAAUCAAAAGAUUGAAGGCGGAGCCAUGCAGCUCUCUUUCAGCUCCAUCACCAUGGACUAUUAUCCCUUCCACAGAGCAGGUGAGAGCUGUCUGCACUGGGUGCACUACAGCGACGCCACCAAGACCCGGGAAGGCUGGGCGCACUCGCUGCUGGAAGAAUUCCGCUCCAACGUGGACAUGCUGAAGACGGCUGUGAGCGGCCAGGCGCCAGGCUCCCCUCUGCACGGGAAGAUCUCCACGGGCGUGAGCAGCACCUUUGUGCCGCCAGCGCCCCGUUCACAGCUGAUGACCAGCUCGGUGGUGCUCCGCAUGUCCGACUUCAGCAUUUACCAGGUGUCGACAGCAGACCAGAGGCGCACCAGCCCUAAAGCCAUGAUCUCCUGUAAUAAAAAGACCCUGUACCUUCCUCAGGAGAUGCCCGCCGUCCACGCCGAAUUCACCGAGUAUUACUUCCCCGAUGGCAAGGACUACCCAAUCCCGUGCCCUAACCUGUACGUGCAGCUCAACGCGCUGCAGCUGGUGGUGGACCCACGCAGCCUGGUGUGGCUCAACCUGUUCGCCCUGGACCUCCGACACAGCCUGGAGCAGUUCAUGCAGCUCUACAAGCUCAACGACUCGCAGAAGCCCGACGAGCACGUGGACGUGCGGGUGGACGGCCUCAUGCUGAAGUUGGUGGUCCCUGCUGAGCAGGAGCAGCCUCAGCCGGACAUACCACGCUCCAUAUCAGUCCAGACGUCGGAGAUGGUGGCCACCAACACGCGCCACCCCUCCACCUGCUCCCGCUCCAGCCUGGAGGCCCUCCUCCAGGCCUUCCAGGAGCAGGCCUUCUUCACCUCCUCCUCCUUCCCGCGCGGGCCGGCCUCCUUCCCCGUGCUGCACCCGGUCUUCCGCCGCCACGCCCACGAGCAGGACACGCGCGUGCACGACGUGUACCGUGGUCUCACCCCACCCUCCCUCUCCGCCCACGCCCUCAAGGCCUCUUCGGCCACCGACCUGUGGGCGCUGCACUUCUCCCAGUUCUGGGUAGACUACGAGGGUGCGCGCGAUGCCCGCGGACGCCCCGCCCCCUGCGUGGACUCCUUCCCCCUCACCCUGUGGAUAUGCCAGCCUGCCCGCUACGCCCAACACCAGCAGGCCCAGAGGGCCUCGGCGGGCCCGCUGUCCCGGGCCGACUCCGCCGGCCGCCUGCAGAGGAAGAAGCUGCUGAAGGAGUACUACAGCGCGGAGGGGUCACCCUCCCUGGCCCCGCCCACCAACGGCCUGCCCAAGCCCCUCUCCCUGGACGGCCUGAGCGUGCCCGCCGCUCCCUCCCUCCCCGCCUCCCCCGCCGCCGGCGAGCCGGACGUGCACGUGCUCGUGCACGUGCGCAAGCCGCUGAGCGUGCAGGUGAGCCACGCCCAGGGCGUGUUCCUGCUGCAGCUGCAGCGGGCCGUCACUGCGCUCCAGCGCACGCUGCAGCAGGACCUGGAGCGGCACGGCCUGCGCCGCCAGCCCUCCCCCUCCCGCUCCUUUGCUGCCUGCGUGGCAGUCCUCAUGCGCAGCGCCGAGGUGGCCCUGCUGCUCCGGCCCGGGGCCCAGGCCCAGGCCCGGGCCGCCACCGCCACCGGCAGCCCGCCGGGCUCCGGGCCCUCACCCGCCGGCAGCGAGGGCGGCAGCGAUGCGGGAGAGAGGCCGCCCGCGUCGCAUCCACUGGCUGCCACCUCAGAGGAGAAGACAGCCGAGAGAGAGGGGAGCGCCGCGGAGCCCCAAGCCCAGCAGGGCGAGGCCACACCGGGCAAGGCUGCAGCGGCGGAAACCACGAGCGAGCCACCUUCCAGAAAUUGUACUGACAAGAGCCAGGGAGCCCGACUACCCCAGUCCAUGUCCAGUGGGCGUCUCAUGCGUGACCGGUCCCAGUCCAACUUCUCAGUGUCUUAUAAGAACAUGAAGAGUCCCUCACUGCAGUCUCUGGACAGCAUCUCCAUAGACAGCUACUUACUGGAGGACGGAGAUGGGUACAGUAUGCUAGAGAAAGACGACAUGUCUAUCUCUGGAUUUAAGGCCACUCUGUGUGAGUCGAGCGUUCCAGAGCAGGCCACGGAGGCUCUGAUGCAGGAUGGUGAUGACUCCCAGUCACCUGACGCAGUCAGCGCCACCUCACAAAGCACUGAUGAACCUACCAAAGACAUGAUUUCCGUGCUGGUCCUGAAGGCUCACUCUGUGUGUACCUCUCUGGAUGUGAGGGGUGAUAGUACUGCAUUGGCUCUGGAGGUGGGGCAGGUCCGGCCCAAUCAUCUGGGAAACAUCAGCCUACGCCAGUAUCUUAGCAACCGCAGUCUCAGAUUGGUCACCCCACAAACUGAUGAUCAGAGCAGUGAAGGCAGCGUCUCAGAGCAGGACCUCUUCAGCGAGCACCAGACGCCGGAGGUGCGUCUCCGGCUGGAGAGCGGCCCCGAGGCAGCCGCCCACUCCCCCCUGGCUGAGCGCAAUGGCUUCCUGCAGUGCCACCUACAGGCGUUCAACGCUGACUUCCUCAUGACGACCUUGCGCAACCUCAGCGUCUUCCUGGAGGACGACUCCACCUCCCAAGUGCUGCCCAUGGAGAUCAUGAUCAAAGAUACGCAUGUGAACCUGAAGGAUGAUGGCCCUCAAGACAACUCUUCAGAGCCGGAGCCCAGCACGAUGGCCCUGCACAUUCACAAUCUCCUGGUGCUGCGCAAAGAUGACGGCUCCUUUCAUAUCGGAGUUGAGCGUGCUGCAGAGGCAGAGCCUCAGAAGGCGGGGCCUGUGACUGACAGCAGGCUCAGUUCUGUCCCUGAGGUUCCAAUGGCCGUGGCCACUGAGCCGAAAGCCACUCAGACUGCACCUCUGUCACCCACAAGCCCCAUCCCCACCAGUAGAGAAAAGCUGCUCAUAGAGGAGAACGAAUGCUUAAAAGUGGAAUUGUCCAAGACCAAGAUGGCACUCGCCGAGGCCCAGAUGGAGAAGGACUCCCUCCUGCACCGCAUGAAGAGCCUCAAACUCAACAGUACAGGACUGACACCAGGCAUGGGAUCGGGGGGGCACCAAAGGGGCCUUUGGGCUGGGCUGUGGGAGGAUUCCGUUAAUUAGGCACAGUGUUGAAAGACCCUGUGAAGAGAUUUGCGUUAAAGCCCAUCAUCCCACUCUUCUACUCAUCACUCCAUCUUCAUAUCAGGGGUUUUCUGAUGGACUGCUUGUCGUUUGCUUUUGCAGCUCAAUUGCUUUGUGGGAGGUUCACCCGCACAGCCCCACCACUUACACACUCUGGGGAGUGUGUGUGUUUGUGUGUAUGAGCAUGAGGGCACAUUGUAGGCUCAGCCAGAGAAUAGUCUUAGUCAGACAAGUCGAAAUGACUCUGAAUGUCAUAUCUCUAAAAUAAUGUCUUAGAGUAAACUUAAAAAGACAGUUUGCACAGAACUCACUGUAUGUACUAAAACCUAAUGAGCUGUUAACAAAUUGUUUGUGUGUAUAAUAGGGAUAGCACAAAGAAAUGUGUACAGAAUUCUGAAUGGAUGGGUUCCAGUGCGUGUGUUUGUGUGGAAUGUGGGGCAAUUUUUGCAAUGUUUUAUUACAUUCAGAAAAUGGAAUUAUUUUCCUCAAUAUUUAAUCCCGUGCACAAUACAACAAUUUCCAUAAUGCAAUGUUGCACUUAGCUGUUGAGUGUCUUUGUAAAUAUAGCAGCUCUUUGUUCACCUUGCAGCCAUAGGCAAGGACCUUGCAAUCCACGUGGAUUUCUCUGCCCUGUGUGUGUGUGCGCGCGUGUGUUUGGGCUAUCAUUCAGUGUGUUUUUAAAAACAUUUACCUUUUCUCAUUUUUUUAAAGACUGAAGUGCGGCACAGUGUUUGCAGGUCUUAUGCUGUGAGAGCAUUAUACCUCUGUAUUUCUCAGUGGAGAACCUCACAAGACCAUCAUGUCACUAUAACAGGUCCAUUUGGCCUUUCGAGACAAACCCAUCUUUCCUAUUCUGACUCUUAACAUGGAGGACAGAUGUACCACAUUUUACAAAUCAAAUUUUCUUUUCCAAAGUUUACCCAGCGGUCGGGCGUGAGUCCCACUGACUCGUGCACGAUUUUAUACUUGAUUUUUGGGGAGAAUUUAAUAUUCAUGUAUUAAAUUAAUUGCUUAAUCAGCUCCUUCCUUUUGCAUUUAUAAUGCUAAGGAGAGAACAGGCCUAAGCAGUAAGGUCUUGUGUACAAUAAUUUAUCUGUACACACAUUUAGUUUUAGACCAGAGCCCCCCCCCCCCAUCCGUCCGCCUGCUCCUCAUUCCUCCCAGAAGCCUCUACAAGUGCCUGUCCCCGCGCACCCUCUCUAGCGCCUGGCUGGCUCGGCCCUCGGUGUGAGUUCCUUCCACUCCUUCCUCCAGGCCCUUUGUCAGAGGUGUUCACCGACAUCAAACUUGAGAGAGGUGAACCAACAAGCCCUGGACUGCGUAAAAGACUAAAUCGCUACGGGACGUU